CAGGGGGCUGGGGGGAGUAUUUACAUUUCUAACAUUACUUCAUGUCAGUGUGCCACGUAACACACACACACACACACACACACACACACACACACACACACACACACUCUUACCUGCAGCCAUGGCAGAAGAGCAGAUUUCUCCUCUGAAGGAUUUUCUAAUCACUUACAUCAUGCCAGAAAAGUGUUAUGAGCAUCUGUUCCUCCGUCUGAACCUGACACACGGGCCGUGUGUGAAGAUCGUUUUGAGUAAGAUCCUGAGCAUGUGGAUGCUGGGAGAACUGAUAGCGCCGGUGCUGCAGAUCUGGGUGGUGCUGCAGGGCGGAGGUGCUGAGGGGCUCAGUUUGGUCUCUGUGCUUCUGCAGCUGCUCGCAGUCUCCAUUCACACAGCAGUCUGUAUACUACACAACUUCCCCAUCGGGGCCUAUGGAGAGAGUGUGUUUGUGUUGGUCCAGUUUGUGCUGCUGGUUUUCUUGAUCCAGUAUUACAAAGGGAAUACCAUCUCAGGUUGUGUUCUCCUCAGUGUGUAUUCCGGUGUGAUGUACCUGUUGACCUCAGCUCUGACCCCUGCGGUCGUUGUCAUGACGAUGCAGGAGUGGAGUGUGCUGCUCGUCAUCACCAGCCGGUUGAUCCAGGCAGGUUGUAAUAUGAAGAGUGGUUCCACGGGGCAGCUCUCUGGGGCAAGUGUGUUUUUGGUGUUUCUGGCAUCUCUGGGACGCGCCUUCCAAUCCACACGGGAGUCUCACUCUCUCCACUCUCAGGCCUGUGUCCUGUCCUCCUGCUGCUCUCUGCUGCUCCUCAUUCAGAUUCAGAUUUACAGAAAACCACCAACAAGUAGAGAGACAACAAAGAGGAAGAAAGAGGAGUAGAGAGAGAGUCACACUUACACACACUUACACACACUUACACACACCCUGCAGUCUGUGUGUCAUUUUUAAUAAACAAAUUCAAUCCGGACUCUGGCCUUCAACAGGGUUUUCAGCAUCAGUUCUGGGUUCAGUGUUCCACUGCCUUUCAUUUUAUUUCCGUGUGAGUCAGGUAGCUAGUUUGGCCUGGACUAUAAUAAAAUUAAGCACGCAGAUCUCUUCUUUCUCCCAGUGUAUUAAACAUUACUGUUAAUCUGUCACAUGGUAAGAAAAGGUGGUCUGUCGUUUCCUCGCCAUCACAGAAAGGGCACGUUGUAGCUACGGUGGAGUCGAUAUGCGUCACGUGUCUGUUUGUGGCCACGGCCCCAUGCACGACCCUCCACUGUAGAUCAGCUGUACGCUUCACUAUAGAGGGGUUGUACAGGGACCUCCAGCAGCCUCGUGGGCAAGAGCCUGGCACCAACAGGUCCGACCACCUCGACUCCUUCACGCCAGCCAGAGAGUUUCGAUGGGUGACGUUCACACUGACUGCAUACAAAGUCUUUUUAGAAGCGUUUUCAAUGUCCGUCAGCUGUGGUGUGCUAAAGAGAGUCGUUUUCCGUCUUCAUCCUCCUGCUGUUAGACCACUGCAGAAAUGGAGAGGGAGGGGAAGCAUUGCCAGUCUCCUCCAGAUCCCUGCUCCAGAGCCUUCCUAAACUUUGGAGGAAGUGUUAGGAACACCUCUGUCAGCAUCUCCUGCAGCAGACGACGGGACUGGAUUCCUGUCUCUUCGUUCAGUACAGUGGGAGACUUACAGCCUUCUCCAGCUCUCAACCCUCCUAGCUUGGUUAGUCCAGCUUUGUGGAGGCGCUGGAGAAUGCUCCUCAAUGUCAGAAUACUGUGAUCAGAGGAUUGUUAAAAAAGGACUCCUCGUUUACAUAGUAACAUGGAUCGUUACCUUUAACAGAAAGGACCAAGCUCUUAGAACUGAUUGAUAAACACAGUUGUCCUCGAUACAUCCACCUGGUUUAGGUUCAGGAUAAACAAGUGCCUGUCAUAUCCCAAGUUCUCUACUCGAUGCAAGAGUAGGCAGGCUGUAGUAGUCCAUGUCAGUCCUGAGCUGUAGAGCAGUUUCUGUGCUGUCUGCAGGCGAAAAGCCCUUAUUCGUCUGGACAGGUCGAUCGGGCCCUGACCUCCCCCUGUACCCUAACCUUCCAAACCGAGAUAGUUCACGCUCUAUAUCCUCACUGGCUAUAAACAGUGGGUCGUUUGAUAUGGUGACUUGGCUAAUUACGGAAGCCAGCGGUGAGAACAAAAAAACCUCCACUUACUGAGAUUGUGUACUCAGUUAGUCGGUCUAUCAGUGCCACUUCUUUAACAAACACGCCGGCGGCUUUGUUCAUCCGUGACACCAAUAUUAUAUUUACAAAUUCCACCAACUCGCCUACAGCCACUAGCACCUGCUCCACCGUAACCUCGGAGAUCACCUCAGAGCACGCCCCGUGGUGGAGUGAGAGCGACUGGGCACCGCCGCUGGGCCGCACCGCCAUCUUCACCCCACAGGACCUCCUCUCCCAACGUCGACAGGGAGGGUUUUUUGUAUUAUUAUAUUUUCUUUUUUUCUGUUUUAAAUCUUGCUUCACAAAUGUGACCACGAAUAGGUAAGAAAGCCAGAGAGAAGAAAAAAUUUGAGACAGUCGCCUUCACACGUUCCACACGCUGCUCUCACCCAGAAACUCCCAGCAUGCAUUUAACGGUUUGAGUUAAAUCUGUGAACUGAGUGACGUGGUUUAGAUCAUUCUGAAACUUUCAUGCAUUGUUUUUUCAUUUUAAGAAAGACUUUUCCUGUUUGAGAUGAAGAUUUGAAUUUAACCAGACGAAAUUAUAAAACUUUAUUUCUGGUCGAGAUACGUGCAGAACAUAAACAUACAUUUUUUCCUGUAGAUUUCAUAUAUAGUAGAAAAUGUCAAAAUUUGACAUGUGAAGUGUUUUCACAGGCCACAACACAUGUGGGACGGUUUCUCCACCAAGUAUUAAAUACAUUUCAGUUAGUGUGUUCAAUACUUUUUUCCGUGUCAUUCUACUUUAUUACACAGAACUGUAUUUAUGGACUUUAAUGUUGUGAAUUCUUUAUAUUUCCGGAUUUCUUGGGUUAAUCCUGACGUCUGGUGAAAAUUUCAUGUGAAAAACCUCAUCGGAAAGAUAUUCACUGAAAACAAUGUUGACACGUUCAAUACUUAUUUCCCUCGCCAUAAUUACUGAGUAUCUUUAGUAACUAUUUUUAGAUAAUAGUUUUUAUAAUAUAUAUUUAUAUAUAUAUGUAUGUAUGUAUGUAUGUAUGUUUGUAUGUAUGUAUGUUUGUAUGUAUGUAUGUAUGUAUGUAUGUGUGUGUGUGUGUGUGUGUGUGUGUGUGUGUGUGUGUGUGUGUGUGUGUGUAUAAUUAUUUUUCUUGAACUAAAAUGGAUGUAAAUGUGAAAUGAGACAAUUUGCUGAUGUAAUAUUAGAGUAAUUGUGUUGGAGCGCCCCCUGGAGGUGUGGUGAUUAGAUAAAUUGUGGCAUUGUUCGGAAAGCCUCGAAAUGUCUGCUCCAUUUGAAAGAACCCCACCAGAGGAUGAGGGCGUGCAUCUCUCAGUCGAAGAGAGCAGUGUCUCAACAGUUGAGCCUUUUGGUGGCCAAUACACGCCUCUUCAAUUCAACAUUAAGGAGUCUGUACAUGUUCAACAUUAUGGAAAGUCUUCACACAUCCUGCCUGGCCUGAUGGAUGAUGGUACUAGAGUGAUGAUCAAGAAAAGACCAAUAUCAGAAAUCACCUCCUCAAGACCAGAAAAGGAAAUCCUUUCUAAACUGAGCGCCCCUUUCAUUGUGAGGGUUCAAUGUUACAUGGAGGAUAAGGAAUUCUCCUACAUGGUGCUUGAGUCAGUUAACUCAACCCUGGAAGAACGUAUUCAAAACGUCUCUCAGCAUACCAACACGGAAGAGACGAAAGCUGGUCUGAUAAACCUCACAGUUCAGGUUCUGGAAGGUUUAAAUUUCCUCCACCAAAAGAAGUACUUGCACGGUGACGUCACACACAGGAAUGUUCUAGUGGAUGGAGAAGGGCAGCCCAGAUGGAUCGACUUCACCUCGAGUGCAGAAGUGACGUGUGGUGAAGGCAGAAAGAUGGAAGAUGAAAUACGUAGAGCUGGAGAACUCGCUUAUUACAUCCUUUCUGGUGGAGAGAAUCACACUGGACAUAACACUAGCCGGGAUGUCGAUGAUCUUCAGUGGGAUUUUAUAAAGUGGAUGACUGAAGAAAAGAAGAGUCUGAAGGAAGCACUAGAUCACCCUGUGUUCUGGAAAAAGAACAGAAAGUUGAGGUACCUGGAGGCUUUGGGUAAUUUGAAAAAAGAGGCCACCAAGAAGCUCCAACAUGCCUUUUUGGGAUGUCCAGGGUCAGUUCUAGACAUUUGGAGGCCCCCCAGCACCCCUCCUAUGACGUUUUUUUCUAUUACUUAACUUGAUUAAGUUAAAUUCACACUACACGACUUUCAGCAUCGGCAGACGGCUGUGCUGUUCACACUACACCACCGCUUCUCUACCCGGGGGCGCAUAGCUGUUUCGUGGAAGGAGGGUUUGGCGGGUUUCCCCUCCUUACGCCUCCGAUUAUUCACUGGGUCUAAAACUGCUUGACUUCGUAGUGUACAGUUACAGAAGAUUAAUGACUUACUCGCACUGUCCGGUGUCACCCAGAUGAGGACGGGUUCCCUUCUGAGUCCGGUUCCUCUCAAGGUUUCUUCCUCAGAUCAUCUCAGGGAGUUUUUCCUUGCCACCGUCGCCUCUGGCUGCUCAUUUGGGAUCUAAAUCUAUAUCCGGAUUUCUGUACAGCUGCACUGUGAAAAUGUCCAUUGUUAAAAGUGCUGUAUAAAUCAAACUGAACUGAAUUGGCAGAUCUGUCCACACCUACACUCUCUCAGCUGGUUAUUUAUAUUAGGUGUCUUGACUCUUUUAUGUUUCCUCAGCUAGAUUUGUAACUUAACAGUUAUCCCUAAAUAUUAGCAUGUCAUUCCUAUGUUUGAUGUAACGUGUGCAGGUGAGUGCAGUUGUUGGAGUGCUGUGAGUUUAUAGCUUUUCGUCUCCUGCUUAGGAAGGGUGAGUGAUCCAGCUGGACUGAGAUAUCGGUCCUUCCUACGGGUCACUCUUUAGUUAUUUUUCCUUUUUUAUUUUCGAGGUAAUUCUGGGUGGAGACUUGAGUCUCUGUUGGGGGUAAGCAUUCAGGACCUUGUAUUUUGGUUACUGAAGUUUGCUUUUAAAGCGGCCCCGUGCCCGGGACGCCUCAGAAGAUAGAUAGGGGUUAGGAAACCCAGGCAGGGAUCAGGCGUAUCUGCUCAUUAAGUAGUUAAGCAUGUGAUUGUACUGUGACAUUAUGAACACGGCACUGAGCAGCAGUGCUCCCUGACUGGAGGUAAGAGAGUGUGAUGGUGUAAGUGUAAAAUACGUUGGGUGAUUUAAUGUUAUUUAUUAGCAACUGUAGUAAAGGGUCCAUGAUCCUAACUUGUUUACUGUGUUUACGGCUCGUGAAUUUUUGAGCCCUCGGUUCUCACUCCUCUUUUUUCUCCCUCUCUUUUGCUGUCCGUUGUUAACAGAUGUUUUCCAGGUGAGAGCCUGAAAGCUGUUGAGCUGCCUUGUUUUACCCGACCUGGGAGUAAUUCCACAGCGAGCUAAUAAAAGCAGUAUAAAUAGUAGGCUAUGAAAAAGUCACAUGACUGAGGUUCAAAAAAGUAAUUAAUUAAUUAAGGCGAGUUUUUUUUAUGUCAAUAUUUAUUUAUCUAUCUAUCUUGUAUUAUGAUGCUACUGCAAGAAAUAAAUUAUUAAUGGAUGCUGA